UCUCUGUGUGGCCGCGGCCAUGAAGCCGCAGCCGCCGGGCUAGGCCCCGGGCGGCUCUAGCCCAGGGCGGCCCGCGGAGGGCUGGGCCCAGCCUCCGGGCCCGGUUGCCGGGCCGGCGUGCGGCCACUCACGAUGCCCGGCAAGCACCAGCACUUCCAGGAACCCGAGGUCGGCUGCUGCGGGAAAUACUUCCUGUUUGGCUUCAACAUCGUCUUCUGGGUGCUGGGGGCCCUGUUCCUGGCCAUCGGUCUCUGGGCCUGGAGUGAGAAGGGCGUUCUCUCCAACAUCUCGGCACUGACAGAUCUGGGAGGCCUUGACCCUGUGUGGCUGUUUGUGGUGGUUGGAGGCAUCAUGUCUGUGCUGGGCUUUGCCGGCUGCAUUGGGGCCCUCCGGGAGAACACCUUCCUGCUCAAAUUUUUCUCCGUGUUUCUUGGCCUCAUCUUCUUCCUGGAGCUGGCAACAGGGAUCCUGGCCUUCGUCUUCAAGGACUGGAUUCGAGACCAGCUCAACCUCUUCAUCAACAACAAUGUAAAGGCCUAUCGGGACGACAUUGACCUCCAGAACCUCAUUGACUUUGCUCAGGAAUACUGGUCUUGCUGCGGAGCCCGAGGGCCCAACGACUGGAACCUCAAUAUCUACUUCAACUGCACUGACUUGAACCCCAGCCGGGAGCGCUGCGGGGUGCCCUUCUCCUGCUGCGUCAGGGACCCAGCGGAGGAUGUCCUCAACACUCAGUGUGGCUACGACGUCCGGCUCAAACUGGAGCUGGAGCAGCAGGGCUUCAUCCACACCAAAGGCUGCGUGGGCCAGUUUGAAAAGUGGCUGCAGGACAACCUGAUUGUUGUGGCAGGGGUCUUUGUGGGCGUCGCCCUUCUCCAGAUCUUUGGCAUCUGCCUGGCCCAGAACCUCGUCAGCGACAUCAAGGCAGUGAAGGCCAACUGUUCUCUUCACUAGUGACCCCUCCAGGAGCCCACUUCAGCCUCAAUGUCUCAGACUCUAAAAUGGGUCCAAGAAUCUUCUCUCCCUUGCUUGCCUCUCAGGAUCAAAUAUGAUGACGGCUACAAACUACUCAAAUAAACAAAUCCUUGAAAACCA